AUAGGAUCACAUGGUGGAAAUUUCCACUCUGUCUUCAUGCUGUUAAAUGGGAAGGGUCUGUUGAUGCAUUCACACAUUUCUCUAUUCGCCCAUGCCUCAACCCCGAUUCCUGUUGCAUUUUACAAACAAGAACACGGUGUCACAAGUUUGAUUCUGCAUAAGAACCAGUAAGAAAACACCAAAACAAAUACUGUAAAGCAGAGAAACACUACGCACGGCACGGAAUUCCAGCUUGAACAGCACAUUCAAAACAGCUUCUCGCGGAUAUGGACCGCAUGGAACUAAAGAAAGUCAGCACUGACCCUGAUGAUGAGAGCAACAGUGGAGACAGCAUGGAUGGCUGCUUCAAUGAGCCAAUAGAUUCAGAAAAGGCUACCAUUAGCAGUCAAUUUGCUGAUGAAGACGACGCAGAAAGUCAAAAGUUCCUGACGAAUGGAGGUUUGGGGAGGAAGAAAUAUGAAGAGUAUCAAGAAGAAUGUCACCCAGGAACCACCUCCUUUGGGAUGUCAGUAUUUAACCUCAGCAAUGCCAUAAUGGGAAGUGGCAUCCUUGGGCUGUCUUAUGCCAUGGCCAACACUGGGAUUGUUUUGUUUGUAAUCCUCUUGCUAGGAGUAGCAAUAUUAUCACUGUAUUCUGUUCAUCUUUUAUUGCUAACGUCAAAAGAAGGAGGGUCUUUAAUUUAUGAGAAACUAGGAGAAAAGGCCUUUGGCUGGCCAGGGAAACUUGCUGCAUUUUUAUCUAUAACAAUGCAGAAUAUUGGAGCUAUGUCAAGCUACCUCUUUAUAGUGAAAUAUGAACUCCCGGAAGUAAUCCGAGCAUUCAUGGGCCUGGAGGAGAACACUGGAGAAUGGUACUUAAAUGGCAAUUACCUUGUGGUGGUUGUAUCACUGGCAAUCAUCCUUCCUCUUUCCAUGCUUAAAAAUCUGGGUUACCUUGGUUAUACCAGUGGCUUUUCUCUCACAUGCAUGGUGUUUUUCCUCGGAGUUUUGAUCUACAAGAAGUCCCAAAUCCCCUGCCCACUGCCCCUUUUGGACCCAAUUGGAGCGAACCAAACCUAUAAUACCAGCAUGCACAUGUCUCCAGCUAUGUUACACAACAGAACGGUUCAUUCUGGUGCUGACUUCACUAUGGAAUACUCUCAUGGCGAAACCAAAGCUCCUGGAGAGCACAGCAAUGGGGUGGUUUAUGAAACUCACCACGAGGAGGAGGACAUGUGCAAACCAAAGUACUUUGUGUUCAACUCACAGACCGCUUACACAAUACCAAUCCUGGCAUUCGCAUUUGUGUGUCACCCCGAGGUGCUGCCAAUCUUCAGUGAACUGAAAGACCGUUCACGAAAGAAGAUGCAGAACGUCUCUAACAUAUCCAUCACUGCCAUGCUUGUUAUGUAUAUGUUUUCAGCUCUGUUUGGGUAUCUUACUUUCUAUGGUAACGUGGAAGCAGAAUUGCUUCAUACCUUCACCAAAGUAUAUAGGUUUGACACCCUGCUCCUCAUGGUCCGUCUUGCAGUACUGAUAGCUGUCACCUUGACUGUCCCCAUUGUCCUCUUUCCAGUCCGGUCUUCGAUUACAACCCUAUUAUUUGCCGGGAGAGAGUUCAGCUGGAUCAGGCAUUUCCUGAUUGCAGUAGUCCUGCUGGUUUUUAACAAUCUUCUGGUGAUAUUUGUGCCUACCAUUAGAGACAUCUUUGGUUUCAUUGGUUCCUCUGCUGCGACCAUGCUUAUCUUUAUCCUUCCAGCUGCGUUCUACAUUAGACUAGUGAAAAGCAUACCUCUUAAAUCACCACAAAAGAUAGGGGCACUUGUGUUCCUCGUCGUGGGAAUUGUUUUUAUGAUCGGAAGCAUGUCACUCAUUGUAAGUGACUGGAUUCACAACCCUCCCGGUUCUGGUGGCCACUAACCCAUUUGGGUUGAAAAACAAGUAUACACUGAUGACUUGAAGCUCUGAAUGCCAUUCUCCAGCAAGUCCCCCCAGGGAAAGAGCACCUGUGUCACUCAAGGAGGGAGGUGUUUUUCCACGCUCAUGUUAAAGCAGGAUCCAAAAGACUGUGUAUUAGUGCAGUACAAGUGUUCUUUCAAAGAAGAAAAAAACACACCCUGUAGUGAUAGGGAGUGUUUCUAUUUAUGUUUUUAAGAAAGUUAACGCUUGCGUUUAGUUUACCUAAAGAUUAUGGGGUAGAUGUACUAAGAUGGGGCCAGCUGCAGUGCAAACACACCGCAGUUUGCAUUUUCGUUAUGACAAUUCACAAAGUGCACAUUUUGUCGUAUGUACUAAGAAAAAAUAUGUUAAUGAAGAGAGCCGCAAUAUACUAAUUUAACCCUUAGCGGUCCAUUUAUUCAGCGCACCCUUUGUUCGCUGUAUUUUUCACAUACCUCUACAUAGUAGUGCAUACCAAUAAAUCAUCUCCUGAUCACUCGUUUUAUCACCAAACUCCUCAAUAAUGCGAUCCAAGUCAUUAUUUUAUUACUAUAACAUCUAAAAAAAAGCUCUGCAAAUGUCAGUGACAUUCUUUGAGCGCUGGAUGCGGAAGCAGCUAUCUUGUUUGUUUAUGUCCGUGUUAUCUAUGUGGUGUCUGGGCUAUCUGUAUUCAUGAGGACCGCAAAGGGUCAAAUAUUUGCGUCAUCUUAGCGAGAUCUCUAGCGAGAGAUGUGCGACAUUUUUUCAAAUAAAAUAGCGGCAGUUGAGUUGUGGUUUGCUGCAGCAGAGUGUCCGAAGGGUAACGUCUAUACAUGCAAGGCUGCAAGAAUCAAAAUAACAUUGUUUUUUGUUAAAUGUAAUCGUCUGUACCAUUUUACCUAUUUUAAUACUGUUAUAUAUAUAAAAGAUGAAAGGCAGUUUAAUCCCAUCAGAUUCUAUAGUGGGUCACCAACCUUCACCCCCCAAAAGCUAAUCAUAAUCAUACAGUAACCCCUUGCUAAACCGGACAUGCUUGUCCGACAUAAGGAGGUGUCGGGUUUAAAAACAAUACAAUAAAAUCACACGCACAUGCAUUUACAGUUCUCUAUGUAUUUUAAAUAUAAAUCAUUGCACUGAAAUGACACUAAUGUGUUUUGGGUAGGCUAAACAUUACAUUAUGUAAAAAUAUAGAUCUGUAUAGUAGGCCUAUACAGUAUACAGUACAGUAGUAAAAUCAAAUGAAUACCUAGCACACUUAUUUCUGUACUUUAGCCUACUGGUAACACAAAAUAAAUCAUGCUGCUGCAUUGUACACAUUGGUGUUCUUAACAAAUUGAUGCAUUUGUAAGUGUCGCAAUUGUCGGCAGCUUUAGUACAUCUCAUUAUAAUAUUUGUGAACCCUCAUCUCUGCCCCCUUUUUGCAAAUGUAUGCAGGAAUGCCCAUAAUUACAUAUUCAUCUACGGUUGAACCGCAAAGAAAAACUGCUGCCGCAAAGCAUUCCUUAAAAAGUCGCUAACAGCAUUGCUCUUGUUUAGUACAUUUCACCCUAGGCUUCUGACUCGUUUGCAACGCUUAAGUACACUUUAGUACAUCUACCCUUAUGUGUGCAGUGUGUUUUUUUAUUUCUAUUUUUUAUUGUUAUUUUUUUUUUAAUUCUCAGUAGUGCAGGAGCAGUAUGAACACAGCUGCUGAAUAUGUAACAUAUCCACUGUAGUUGCCCCGCAAAAAUAUGUUGCAAGUGUGCCUUUCCACCUUCAGUAUAUGUGCUAUACCUGCGACCUGUAACAUGUCCAGGUCAAUGCCAACAGUGACCUUAACUGUAUGUGUGUGUGUGUGUGUGUGUGUGCGUGUGCGUGUGUCUAUAUAUAUAUAUAUAUAUAUAUAUAUAUAUAUAUAUAUAUAUAUAUAUAUAACCAGGCCAUAGUAUUCAUGCACUGGUGAUUAAGGGGAUUUUCUUUUUUUAAGUGUGACUCUCUCAUUUUAUUUGUAUAUAUACAUGUAUAUUAAUAUUGUCUUCAAGCUAGACUUAAUCCCCCCCAUGCUGGCUGCAUAUUUGUAUUUUAUUUCAUACACUGUUAAGUGGAGUAGAUAACCGUUUCUCAAGUCAAGUAUUGUCCUUUUAAUUUAGGCAUGCUUUUCACAACAAGGGGGAGAAACAAGAUUGUGUUUGUCUUUAUUGACCAGAUAUGUCUAAAGAUGUUUGAUGCAGGAGACUGUUUAUAUUGGUAAUAUUUCUAUAAUAAGCUUGUUGGUUGACUUAAUUUGGUUUUGAUUGAAUAUCACAGGAUUUAGUUUGUUGCUAAAUAUGUAUAGGGUUCUCUCUUUUCCAAUGCGCAGAUAUUGGUUGCCAUGUUUUAGGAACUUGUACAGUAUGUUUAUAUUUGUGUUGAGGUUUGGAAUGUGAAUGCUGAGAUGUGCCUGUAAAGUGGUAUUGCUUGUUACUUUUUACCACUCAAGCUAUUAAAUUGUUGCUGCAGUCAUCAGAAGGUAAUGGCAUGAAUCUAGCAUGCCUCGCAAUAGCUUCACUUGGAAUUUAAAACAAGAAUAUUCGGUGUUCUAGUCAUUGUUUCUUUUCUGUAGGUCACACAGCCUUUUUGCCUUAGAUCUCAAACAUACCAGAAAGUGAAAUAAUGCCAAUAGGUUACCCUUAUUCAGCAUGGCGUGCGGCCAAGAAUUCAUCACAAACAGUAGUCCGUAGGAAGCGUCGUAUUGGCUCUUGCGCUCCCAUUGUUUAGGGAGGCUAAACCAGCAGGGACUGUUUCUCCUCAUUGCGCUAUAGUGAACCCUACUGGCCAGGCGCCCAGUAAGCUCAUAGGCGGACAUACCUCUUUGCUUUAAUUUCUAUAUUCCAUAUUCUCACUGUAAUGGCCUUUGUACUCCAAAGGCCGGUAGCUCGCUGACAUCUGCUUUCGAGUCUCUGGGUGAGAAAGGAUGCUGGCUUGGCCAUGGGAUUGGAGGACGCACACUGAACCUUUGGCUCUCCUGAUCCAUGUGGUGAAUGGCUGCAGUGAGAGAAAAGCAAAUGGGCAUUCCAAAUUGGGAGAAAACUGUAGGAAAAAUAAUAAUUGGACACAAUUUUUUUUUAAAAAUCACAAAAACUACUAAAUAGUUGUAUACAUUUUUCAUAUAUCUUGCCGGAGUAGACUUAGUGAAAAUAUCAACAAAUAAUUGACUGAAAGAGAAACAUAUAGAACUGUAAUAUAAAUGCAAGUACAUUUUAUCAUGAACAAAUUAAUAACUGAAAUAUAUGUUGUGGGCCACAUCAAAAAAUGCACUGCAAAAGGUUUUAUUACUCUCUCUGAAAGAAGAGUUGUUUGUCUUGGUGUAAAAGGUCAAAAGAACUGAGCAAAAUAAUUUGUUUUGAAGUCUUCAAAGAUAGUGGUUAAAUUGUAAACGAUUACCUAAAUGUUUACAGAAGCUUACGCCAGCAAUACUUUAACAGAUGCAGAUGCCAAAUAAACACCUUACGCUGAAGCUUAAUAUUUUUGUCCAAAUAUCUUGCCACGGCCCUUCUACAGUCAUAUCUUGCCAAGAAAGAGUUACAAACAAGCCGAACCAAGGAGUGUGUCAAAUCUUGCAAGCCAAAGUGGACAACAUUUAUAGAUCUUUUGUAGAUCUACAUAUACAAGUAACAAGUGGAUAUUUCAAAUGAAAUGGCUUAAUAUUACAUGCAUGUUUUAGAUUACAUACAUGGUCUUUUUUGACGAUUGUAUAUGUACUGUAAAUAUGUUUUCUGUGGUACACUUUUUUUUUAAUAUAGAUAUAUAUAUAUAAUUGUGGGGGGGUUAUAAGGGAUUGUGCCACCAGAUUCUCCUUAUAGGUAAGGUUUUGAAAAUAAGAUUGUGGUCAAUGUAAUUGAUACGGAAUAGUAAACCUGGAUUUACUGUUGCUGUUUAUUCAGGAAAAAAAUGGCCAAGCGUGGGUUGCAUUGCUGUGUUUGUCUACUGCUAUCAAUGGUGAAAACAUGUCCCGUUUACCUAAAUAAACAAGCUGUCUCUUGGUCAAAACAUAAUGUGUAUAUAUAAGUGAGUUCAAUGAUUAUCCAAGGUGUACCUUAAGUGACUUCAAAUGACAUAUGCAGUUGUGUUUUACUCUCCCUUUGCAGUGUAUGAUGUUUACAAUCACUCUGAGCAGUUAUUUUACUCAAUGACUGUGUGUUUUUAAUGUUUUAGCUUUUGAUAUUGGGAAGGUGCUUUGACCUGAAUUCAGAAUCUGCCCUUCAGCUCUAGUGGUCAGCCAUAGACAUAAGUAACACAGGCCAGAUCAGCCCAAUGUAAAGGGUCAGUAAAAUAGAAAUUAAAAACAAUAUCAAUGUAAUUUGAAGCUACUUACUUAAAUAUGAAAGCACUUUCCAUUUGCACUGUAACCCUUGAUCGGCAAUGCAACUCUGGCCUGCCUUUUAUAUAACUGUAUAUAGUUGUUUUUGUACCCUACCAAGGAAACCCUCUUAGACAGAAAUUAUAUCACAACAUGAAAGUUUUGGCUUACUUAAUCCAGGAUGCUUGUACCUGUUAUAUAAACCUUAAAUGCUUCAUGGAAAAUGCUUGAGGAAUCUUGGAUGAAAUGGAUUAAAGCAUACUCAAGUUAUGGCAGGCAAAUUAAUAUUACCAUAUAUCUUUUCCAAGGUGUGUUUUUUUUUUUUUAAAUUUAAAACUCAGCAACUUAGUUUGCAAAAAGGCAACUUAGCUUUUAUAGGAGUUUUUUUUUUAACACAAUGUAAACUUGUAUAUGCUAUUGUUACAUAUCUAGUAUAUGAAUACAAAAUUUGAUAAGCCUUAAGUCUUUCAUUUAUCAGGUACCAUUGGACCUGUAUGUGGUAGAAGUUUACUAUAUGUUUUGUAGCAUAUCCAGAGACUUCUAAUAACAGUUUUAAUAAUGUAUGCUGGAAGUUUACAUGUAACUACCAUGUUUGUAAACAAUUUAUUCUAUUUAGGAAUAUUUUUCAGAUGCCUUAUUGGUGUUUCCUGGUUCAUGGAUCUGAAAGCAAACAAGCAUGCUAGCCAAACAAACGGUUGUCAUGUUGCUGCUGUUGUAAAAAUACAAAUAGCAUGUCUACAGUAGUUCCAGUUUUGUACUGUGUAGGUUUUUUUUUUUUUUUUUUAAAUGUCUUCUGUGGUACAACUAAACUCAACCUGUGCGUUUGUUGGAACAAAGAGGCUGUUUUGUAUUAGAGAAACAAUUGCAAUAUAUGCAAGAUGCACAAUAAACAUUUUAAAAACAAA